AUGGCCCGAACAAAACAAACAGCUCGCAAAUCCACAGGCGGCGUUGCUCCCCGAAGGCAACUCGCUGGCCUUCACCGUUCAAACUACCACUCUCUCAAAUACCCAAACUUUCUAUCCCAGCCAUAUACCGGGGCUUCAGACCCCAUCAAUCCUAAUCCAGCAUCCGCUUCAGGCGCUCAGGAAAAAGUUCUCUCGACUCCAGAUCUUCUCAUCAUCAUUCUAUCUCAGCUUCCUCACUCAUCAUUGCUCAAAGCCAAAUUGGUCAAUAGAACAUGGGCUAGUCUUUUCGAGAAUGUGGAGAUCCAAGCUGCGAGGUUUAUGAGUCCGAGACCGAAAGGAUCGGCGGAGUAUGCGGAGAGGUAUUCGGAUUUGGUGAUGGGUAGAUGGGCUGAGUUUUGGUUGAGCGGCGAGGCUUCAAAAUAUGAGGACGAAGCCGAUGAGGAGAACUUUGCCAACGAAGAUACGAGCGAAGAGGAAUCUGAUGAAGAUAAAGGAGGAUCAAGCAAAGCUGCUUCAUCUAAGGCCUCCCUUGUGAAGAGACAUCAUCCCAGAGAACGCAUCGAGAAGGAUCGCCGAGGUCGAACAACCAUCGAACUCCGUCUCUCAGACUACACCGAGACCCCUCCUCACCCCCAACAGUUGCGGCAGCUCUUCUUUUGCCAACCACCCAUAUACACCCUAGAGAUCGUCCAACAGCUCAGCAGACGUGGCAACUCCACCCUCGAAUUCCGCACUACCAUCCACCGUCCCAACGGUAUCACAAUGGGCUUCCUCUACGACGCAGUAAAAUACUGGCAUGAAGUCGAGUGCAGCUCAGUCCAACUACUCUGGGAUAGGAAGACCGGAGAUCUGGUGGACAAAUGGAAUUACUAUGUUGAUGGGGGAAGUUUUAAGAGCGAGGAUAGGGAUGGGGCUGGGGAUGGAAAAGAUACGCCGUGUGUAACGAUUGCGGGAAAGACGAGUGUGGGGUGUGGACAGUAUGGAGGGCUCACGUAUGCGAGUUACUCGUCUCCAAUUGGUAAUGGUAUUGUGAGGAAGUCGAGGAGGAGGUUUAUUAGGAGUGGUGAUGAGAUGGUGGGGUUUGAGAUGUCGGAGCCGAAGGUUAUUAGUUCUAGUUUGGGCUUUCUUUUGGCUGCGAUGGAGGAGGAAGAUCGAGAUGAGGCCGAGUAG